UUUCUCGUAUUUCAUUGGUCAGAUGAAAAUUUUGAAUGAAUGGCCGCGAAGAACAAAACAAGAAAACAGCACACAAAUACUCAAUUUUACAUCGAUUUUAGUGAAUAUAGAGACUUAAUGGGGUUUUAGGCAAUUUCUCACAGCGGUUUUUAUUCCAGGGAUAGAUUGUGACUCCAAAAUGAGUACACCUAAAUUAUCACUCGUCGCAGCUUUUGACGACCUGACACGAAAUACGAAAGUCUUGACAAAGGGCAUUGAACAUGAAUUCUACACAUUUGUUUUGAAUCAAGAGGAGUGUCGUAAAAAGUGGCUUGCUGCUGAAGAAGAAAAUCACAAGCUCAAGUUAAAGCUAAAGGAAUUAGAGGGUGGAUACCAGGCAUAUGAGACAAAGCUGCGCCAUGCUCGAAGUCAAAUUGACCAUGAGUUGAAAAGACGUAAUAGAGCAGAACAAGAUAGAGAUGCCCUGGAGAGACAAAUUGCAUUGAUCCAGGAACUCUUAGGUAACAAUGGAAAUAAUAGUAAAUUGGAUGAGAAGGACAGAGAACGUCUACACUUUCUCAGUAGUUUCAGUACAACACAACACCACAACUCUCACCAUUCUCCCCGUAGGGCAGGACUGGAUACAAUUUGUGAAACAUCUGCAUCGAUUCUCUCUCCAUCAGACAUCAGUGAGAUCUAUGACAAAACAGAUGAUGGUAAUCUCGAAAUUUCAUUUUUGCGCAGUGGUAAAAGAUGGAAGCGACCAUCAGCGCCACCUUUUCCUGAUGAAGAGAUGGAAAUGGAGGCCAGUCCACCAAAUACAAAACGCAGAAAAAGUGGAGCAGACAAGGAGAACUCUGCCAUCACCACCACUACCACAGUUAAGGUGCCCCAGGAUGGAGGUCCUAUUGAAGCCACACAUGAGGUCUCAGCAAACCCUACUGAGAAAAAAUCACGAAAAAACAGAAAACGUUCAAAAUCAGCUGGAGAAAUCAAACUCCUCCAACAACACAGAGGCAGUGCAGAUUCCACUGAUUCAUUCUGGGGUAUUAAAAAUAACAUCAAUAACAAUCAUGCUGUGGAUGACCAGGUUCUACGCAAUAGGAAUUUAAAUUCACCAGAGUCUCAGCGCUCUCCAUUGAUUCGACACUACAGCUCUGCAGGAAAAUUAAACAACAGGGCGCAUAUCUUUGUCUCCAAAACAGUCAUAAGGCCUGAGACAUGCAAUCCAUGUGGUAAAAGAAUAAAGUUUGGCAAACCUGCUAUGAAGUGCAGAGACUGCAAGGCAACUUGUCACCCUGACUGCAGAGACCAGGUGGCGCUACCAUGUGUUCCUAGCAGUGCAACUCCAGGAACUGCUGGCAAAUUAACAGGGGGUGUGAUAUCUGACUACACCCCUACAGACCCCCCUAUGAUCCCAGGCCUAGUCGUUCACUGCGUUAAUGAGGUAGAGUCCCGGGGCAUUCAAGAAGUGGGAAUAUACAGAGUGCCUGGGGCAGAGAGGCAGGUCAAAGACCUCAAAGAAAAGUUUCUCAGAGGAAAAGGAAUGCCUAAUUUGACUGCAAUAGAUGACAUUCAUGUGGUAUGUGGGUGCUUGAAAGAUUUCCUAAGAAGUCUGAAGGAGCCAUUGGUUACAUACAGUCUGUGGAGAGACUUUGUCAGUGCAGCAGAGCGCAAUGACCAGGAUGAGUGCUUAAGUGGGCUUUACCAAGCAAUAAGUGAAUUACCCCCUCCUAAUAGAGACACCUUAGCAUUCAUGAUCCUACAUCUACAGAAGAUUGCUGAGAGUGCAGAAGCUAAGAUGCCAGCAGCUAAUCUGGCCAAGGUGUUUGGUCCCACUAUGAUAGGCUACUCAACACCAGAACCUGAACCAAUGCAGAUGAUCAAUGAGACAAAGAAACAAGCCACUGUUAUGGAGGGUCUACUGUCAAUCUCUAGUGACUACUGGAGCAACUUUAUCAAUGUAGAAGAAGAGCCCAUGUACAUAGGUGAUGGCAGAGAUACCCCUCAGACACCAGAGCCAAGACAAGGCCCCUCCUACCGCAGUAUGCUAGGCCCUGUGGGCAGUGCCAAAACAGGCAAAACUACACCAAGAUUUGGGAGCAAGAGUAAGCAGUCAAAUAAGAAACCAUCUUACUUCUUUGCAUCGCCACAUCUGAAGUAGACUUGUACAAUACCCAGAUACCACAAAGCAUCAUAUCAUAACAACACACCCACAACAUGACUGGACCAGAGUCCAUGACAUGAUUUGAUAGAAAACUGAACAUAAAAAG